CGGGGCGCAACACCUGCAAGCCGCGUCCCGCCUCUCUGUGAAAGUAGGAGGGGACGCGCCCAGAGAAAGAGAUGAGAAUGGAACGAGGGGAGGACGCACCGGCUGCACAGAAGGCGACUUCGUACGCGUGGGCUUGCUCGCAGCAGCCGCUUCCCCCCAGCAGCCGAGGCAAAUGGGUUCGGCUGAAUGUCGGGGGCACCGUUUUCUUAACCACCAAGCAGACCUUGUGCCGCGAGCAGAAAUCCUUCCUCUGCCGCCUGUGCCAGGGAGAGGAGCUGCAGUCCGAUCGGGAUGAGACUGGCGCGUAUCUCAUAGAUCGAGAUCCAACCUAUUUUGGACCUAUUCUGAAUUUCCUCCGGCAUGGGAAACUGGUACUGGAUAAAGACAUGGCUGAGGAAGGCGUUCUGGAAGAAGCAGAAUUCUACAACAUUGGGUCUCUAAUCAGACUAAUAAAAGACAGACUGGAGGAAAAGGAUUACACCAUAACCCAGGUGCCACCAAAGCAUGUCUACAGAGUACUGCAAUGUCAGGAGGAAGAGCUCACACAAAUGGUUUCCACAAUGUCAGAUGGGUGGCGCUUUGAACAGUUGGUGAAUAUUGGGUCAUCCUAUAACUAUGGGAAUGAGGAUCAAUCAGAAUUCCUGUGUGUUGUCUCGAAGGAACUGUGCAGCUCACCCAGUGGCCUCUGUUCUGAGUCUAGCCGGAAACUCAAGGUGCCUCCUGCUGCAACACAGAAUCCCGAGGAACAACAAGACCCAGAACAAGAACAGCAGAAGGACGAGGAGCUGCAGCUGCAAGACAUUGAGGAGCAGGAGGAGGCACCAGUGCAAGCCGAUGGGGGAGGCACUUCAAAAGAGGGUGCAUGGAAUGCCUGUGUGGGCAUCAAGCAAUACACAGAAGCUUAAGGCUGGUGAGAGGUGGGGUGGGGGGAAACUGUGCAUUUGGCAGCUGUUGCACUUUGGUCUAAACUGUUUAUUUUAAUACUAAAUUUGUAGCAAGCUCCAUCAACCCAAGAUUCCACUGAUUCUUUUUCUUCUUGUGACCUUUUAGAGGUCUUUUCCUUUCUGCUCUUUCCAUUUUGCACUCCUUCCCCUUUUCUUGUUAUUUUUUUUCCUUUGAUCCCUCUUCCCAUCCUGUCUUUUCCUCCAUGAGCCAAGAAUCCUGCAUUGUAGACUAGUUUAGACUUUCCCCUGUGGGCCUCUCUUUUCCAUUCUGUUUUGGUAAAGACAACACAUCAUCUGCACCGUCACACCUUUUAUCCUUGACUCAUCCGGCACUUUCCUUUUUAUUGGAUUUUUUUUUUUUUUUUGCUAAGGUGUAGAAAUCUGGCUCAGGGGCUAAGA